AUGUCUUCUCUCCAGAUAAUUGCUUUUCUGAUAGCGGUAGCUGACUUGGCCCUCUGUGGCCUUAUCUCUAAUGGCUUUAUAGUUACAGUGGCAAUCAUUCAAUGGACUAAACGCAGGAGCCUCUCUUCCAAUGAACAGCUGCUUAUGAUUUUGGGUAUAUCCAAUUUCUGUAUCACAGUUUUACUGGCUGCGUCUUUGAUCGGCAAUCAAUUAAACAACAGGAGCUACUUACUACUGCAAAUAAUUUUCCGUGUUGCUAUCUUUCUCCUAUACUCCAGAUUCUGGCUUACGGCCUGGCUCUGUGUCUUUUAUUGCCUCAAGAUAGUGAACAGCACGUAUUCCGCCUUUCUUUGGUGCAAACUGAGGAUAUCACAGCUAAUACCCCAUCUUCUUGCAGCAUCCCUAGUUGUCUCCUUUUUUCUCUCCGUCUUUUCAAUCCUGCAUCUUCCUGUGCAAUCCCAAAGCAAUACUACAGCCUGCACAGCAAACAUGACUCAAGCCAAGAUGGGGAUAGACUUUUCCAGGGACAGAAUUUUGCUCUUAAGUCUUGGUUCUGGCUGCCCCCUUCUUGUGGUUUCACUUUGCUCCAUCUUGAUUGUUGCCUCACUGUGUCGACACAUCUGCCGGAUGAGAAGUGCCGCAUCCAGCUUUAAGAGCCACCAAACGGAAGCUCAUAUCAAGGCAGCUGGGACAGUGGUCUUUCUCCUGAUUCUUUACCUUUUAUUUUAUGUGGCAGAAAGCUUGCCUCUGAUUGUGGGUUUUGAAGGAAGCGACUUGUUUGAAUUAUUGGUGCUCAUGGUGUACGCCCCUGCUCAAGCUACCAUCCUGGUACUGGUCAACCCUAAACUAAAGCAGGCAGCUGCGCGGGUGCUUUCAAGAAGGACGCCUUAAGGCUCCCCUACAUGAGCUAGAAAUGCCAGUUUAUGACACCAAACUAUGGAAGCUCUGAACUGAUGUACAGGCAACGAAGAAUACCGGAAGAAAAGGGUCACAAGCUAUGGCUGAUGAAAACUCCAAAGUAUGGACUUAUCUAUACAUUGCUUCUAUAAACAAGAUAAUGCAAUUGAUAAAUCCCAAAAUAAGAAACAGUCUGAGUGCUUGUGCAGACAUCACAACUCUAUAGACUGGGCUCUGUGCAGACAUUUACUUAACAAAAACCAGUGCUUUUUUUGUAA